UCGACACACGCUCCUCCAACCCCUGGAUCAACCGCCAUCUUCUGCAGUGUUGCGCCGAGCAUUUCACUGUCUCAAUCUCACUCCAUAAGUAAGCGCUGAGAUAUAUGUACCUGCUGCGCCACAACAUGCCCUCCUUCCCCUCCUCGACCCUUGCCAAAAAAUCUCAAAUUUUUUCCGGCUCCUGCCCCUCUCCCGCUGGUGUCGUCACAGGGCAUUUUAUCGCUUGGUUGUCCCACCUUGCUCACCGUACACACCUCCCGCUUCACACCUCCACCACCCGUCCACACCACACCACAAGCACAAGCACACGGGUAUUUUUGUUCGCGUUACGCCUGCAUCCCUCCAAUCAAUUGCGACAUUUAAAAGGACACUCGUCCUUCAUCGUCUCUCCCCUUCCUCCUUUUCUGCUCCAGCUCAGCUCCCAUCUUCAUCGUCUCACCCUCCCAUCUUCCCGCCACUCUCGCAUCCAACUGCGACAAUAUCAUCCCCUUUUACUGACUCUCCCGCGCACAGCCAGCAACAAAAACCACAGAGCUUGUCUCUACCUCUUCCCUCCCAGAACCCACCCUAGACCUGCCUUUGGUCUUCUCAAAGGCAACGCUUCCACCACGGCUCCUCCGGCCGUGAGCUUCGUCAGCGACAAAGAUUUCAGUCUUCGGAAGACUUCACACAUCAUCAACGUCAUCCCCCCUCCCGCUGCUGCAGUCGCCUUCGCAUAAGCUCCUCGAUCUCUUCGUCUUGCACGACCCCAAGUUCAACACUCCCCCGUCGACUUCCGACGACCACCAGCUGCCGCAUAGGAGGAAUCAAGAGGUUCUUCCUCUCGUUGAGGAAGAGUCGAGGAGGCCUCGCCAGUCCACUGAGGGACCAGUCUGCUACCGGUUUCGACC